GACGUCAACGUGAUGGUGUUCAUCGGUUUCGGCUUCCUGAUGACGUUCCUCAAGCGCUACGGUUUCGGUGCCGUGGGAUUCACGCUCCUCAUCGCCGCACUCAGCAUCCAGUGGGCCGCCAUAGUGCGUGGAGUCUGGCACGCCCGAAAGGGAUGGAUCGUCGUGGACGUUCUGAGCUUGGUGGGCGCCGAAUUCGCAGCCGCGAGUGUUCUCAUCUCGUUCGGCGCUGUGCUGGGCAAGACUAGUCCCCUGCAGCUGGUCGUCAUGGCCGCCGUCGAAGUGGUUCUCUUCGCUUGCAAUGAGCAACUCGGCGUAGGAGCAUUCAAGGCAGUGGACAUCGGUGGUUCCAUCUUCCUUCACAUGUUCGGCGCCUACUUCGGCCUUGCGGUGUCGUUCGUUCUAAACAAGAAGGAGCACCGCGACCACCGCAAGGAGGGCUCUGUCUACCACUCGGACAUUUUCGCUAUGAUCGGGACGCUGUUCCUGUGGGUCUUCUGGCCCAGUUUCAACGCGGUAUCGGCGUACGGCGACGCCAGGCACCGCGCAGUGAUCAACACAUUCUUGGCGCUCGUGGCCUGCACCAUCACCUCGUACGCCGUGUCGGCGUUAGUGGAUCCCAAGAACCGCUUCACCAUGGUUCACGUGCAAAACUGCACACUGGCCGGGGGUGUUGCCGUGGGAGCCACGGCUGACAUGAUGCUCCACCCUUACGGCGCGCUCAUACUGGGUUCCCUGGCCGGAGCUUUGUCCGUCUUCGGAUUCAAGUUCAUGAUGCCGCUACUGUCCCGAAAGCUAAGGAUACACGACACAUGCGGCGUGAACAACCUGCACGGCAUGCCUGAUCUGGCCGGGAUCACCAGCGCCGUAAUUGCCGCCAGUGCCACCGAGGACGAGUACAAGUACAGCCUGUACACUCUGUAUCCGGCGCGGGCGCCCACAGAAAACUCGACCGAGCUGAGCCAGGUGCUGUACUACACGGUCGAGGUGGCGGCUGGAGAAGGGCGCACAGCCGGAACGCAGGCGCUCUACCAGCUCGCCGCCAUGGCGUGCACGCUCGCCAUCGCCGUUGGCGGAGGACUGCUCACAGGUCUAGUGAUGCGGCUUCCACUGCUGGACCCUCCCAAAGAGGACGAGCUCUUCGACGACUAUCCGUCGUGGGAAGUGGAGGCUGAUCCUACCGGUGCCGAAGAGGCCUCCUCCAGACCACCCACCAAGGGCAACCAGAUCGCUAUGGUCGAGCAGCAACCGGCCGAGACCCUUGAUUCAAUAUCUACAAUUUUUUUUUUCCUUUCGCAUAUUCAGGACAGCGCUUCGCGGGCACGGCUCCCGGCACACUUCAACGGCGCCUACGAUGCACCACCGCCAGCCCAAUGAACAAACGUCCCCAAGACGCUGCCGGACGUGCGAGAUAUUGGGAGGAUGGUGUUUGGCACUGCGGACAUAACAAGCGUGUCACCAGGGAACAACAGCGGCGCGCACUUGGACGUGCAACAACUCACUGUAAAAAACUAUGCACACAAUGCCCCAGCGUACUUUAUGUAGUUGUGCACGAACGAGUCUGGUGUACAAGAGGGCACCUCAUGUUUCACAUAAGACUACAUUUCGAUAAAAAGAAACGAAUAUCA